UUUGCUCGGUUCUGCCCCCACUCAUUCUCUCCACAGGUUGCGAUCACCCCAUAUUGCUGCCGCUUGAGGAGCUCGUGUCUGUAGUGUUCUUUGCACUAUUCUAUCUCCAACAAACAAUUCUUAUCAAUGUGAAGCCGUCUUUAUCAAUUUGUAACUUAUAUAUUGUCGUUCGAAGUUUUGUCACAAGUCUGAAUUAACUGUAUAUAAGUAGUUAGUCUAUUCAGAAUAUUGUUUCUUUUCCCAUGAAGUGCUCACAACCACAAACGAAAUAAGCAAUGGAGAUAUUACCAGUGGAAAUUGUUGCAUCUAUCGCCCAAUAUUUGAGUAUUGACGAGUUGGUAACUUGUUGUUCUAUCUGCAAAAGUUGGAGAGAGAUCUUUGGUUACGAUCUCCUCUGGAGGUCACGAUGUGACCAAUCUUUAGCGGAGUAUUUGAGGAAAACUGAUAGCAUUGUGGAACCUCAUUUUGUCUCUCCCCUGCCAGACUCCAGUACCCUUAGCCCUCUUGGGGAAUGGAGGCUCAACUACAUGCGACAGAUUCAUCUGUGGGAAAACUGGCGUCUCGGGAGGUGCGUUCGUCAACAAUUUGAUAGCAGCAAGUCUGCACACCCUCAGUGCACAUUCCUGACUGACGACCUUGUCUUGAGAAUCUACGGGAAUAGUGUGGGAGUCUGGGAUGUUUGCAAAGAUCCCAGCGACUUGUGUGAGCCGAUGUGUUUGUUUCCGCAGUGGGAUGUGGAUUUGUGCCAAAUGUUCGGCAAGGAUAAAGUCGUGGUAGUCCAAAACAUUGCCGUUCUUGUUUUCAGUUAUGAAGUUCACUCGACAAAGUGGCCUUUAGAUUUUGUAUUUAUCUUCAAUGAACCUGAAAAAAGGCCAGAAAAAUAUGUAGAGGAUAUGGCAAUGCCAGUGUUGAAGGAAGACGAGAGUUAUUCCAUAAGAUUUGCCGUAGUCGGGAAUGUUUUUGUCGGUUGUCAAAAAAAUGGACAGAUUAUGCACGUUUGGAAUUUGGAAACGGGACUUAAGUUGAAGGAGGAAAUACUGCUAACCAAUUUCAAUUGUAGUAUUAAGGAAUUGUACCAUUCCAAAACAUCACAGGACAUUCUAGUUGCUGCUCGUGAGGAAAAUGGACCCUUUAACAAUUUUCAUGUGUACAACCUAAAUCGAUUAGAGUUUCUUCCGUUCAGAUCAAGCCACAUGUUUUAUGGUAAUAUGUCAAAAAAAUGUUGUAUACAUGGUGAUUACCUCGCGAUCAGGAUCUACUUUCACUUGUACAUUUAUAACUAUAAAACGUGUGACUUAAUCAAAACUGUUGAAAAAGUGGCUGCUGAUCCUCAAGUUUUGAAUGACUUGUUUGUCUUUAUUGAAAAUCCAAAUUUGAUAGAUGUUCCCCCAUUCAAUAAGCUGUCUGCUUGCGAUCCCUCAGCUCCUGAUAAAGAUCUGCUCCUUACCCGGCAGAACACGCAGAGAUUCUCUGUUAUCGGAGGGAAGUUUUAUAUCUAUGACAAGAACUUUAGGGACACUGUGUCUAGUGGAGACUCGGACAUGGGGUCUGCUGGUUGGAGAGAUUUGAGGUCCAGAAGAGCUGGAAAAUCAAUACUCCAAUACUUUGAGAGGAAAGUUUGGCAUAUUCAUAAAAAGCGAGGACCGGUUAAAACUAAGUCGAGGGUGUUUUGGUAUCGUGAAAUGGAUAAUGUAGUAGCCAAUAAAAGCUGUACCAGAGUCAUAUCGUCGAAUUUUACAGUCCAUUUGUCUGGCGAGGAGCAAUUUUGGCUUCACACAUUUUGGUAGAUGUUUAAGAUAAGUACAGCUGUAAAAAAUAUUUGAAAUGGAGCGUGAUUCGGUCACAAAAUUUAUAUGAGGAAUGUCUUUCCUAAGCUAGGCUAUCAUAUUCAGACAGAUCACAUAAGUAAGAGGUAAAAAACUCCUAAGCUGAAGAAUGAAGGAAAUAUUGUGAAAACGUUCAAAAAACUGAAAUGAUUUCCGUAGUAUACAAAUUUAGUUAUUAUUUCCGUAUAAUUUACUUGAUACUAUUUACUCUAUUGUCUGUUAUAUUAAUUACACAAUUCAGGGUUGCUGUUGAACAGUUAGCCUAGUAUAAAAUACAAACUCUUUACUUUAUUUUCUCAUAGAAGCUCUGGAAAAUUCUUGCACGAUCAGGUGUGAUCUUGGGCAGACUGAGACACUAGUGUGUCAUGUGUUCUAAACACGGUGAAUUAAAGCUGACGGCUUUUUCCACCCCUCCCCCCUCAAAAAUGGAUGAGGCCUCUUUACCGAUUUAUAACAUUGUAAUUUACAAUUCUCUUAGCGUUGACGGUAUAUAUAGGGUUUUCAAAUGAAAUAUUAAAUACUGUAAUUUUGAAUCUAUUUUUCAACCAUCUUAUAAUUAUUGCUCUUAACCUUUGUAUCCAUAACUUUUAUUCAUGCAUAGGCUCGGUAAGGAUGAAUUACAUAUGCUCUGGAAAUAAUAACCCACCAAGAUUUCAUGAAACUCUAAUUGACAAAAUGAAAUUACUUGGGAAGAUCAACAUUUGAUCAUGAGAACUUUAUAUAAGUUUAUAAAAUGAUUAUACAGCUACAGUUCAUAGUGCUUUGAAUGUCGGAAUUUUUGGCAAAUUACAACAUCCCUGUCAUGUACAAUCAAUUCUACCAAUCAUAUUUAAUCUUAAAUAAACAAUUUUGAAGUCUGUAUCAGCAGUACUGUAAUAGCAAAGGCAACGGAAAGUGUAAACAUCCUAACCUAAAAAUUACUCCCAGGAAUAUAUUGCAAAUUGGAAAAUUUACAUGAAACAGAGUAGCAACAAUGUUACCAACGUAGAUAUCAAUAAAUUCAAUUUUCUUCAUGCUCAGUCCAAAAUUUUCGGGGAUUAAGUCGUACUCUUGAAAAAUUAAAAUGGACUACCAGCCGUUUUUUUUCAUGAUGGUGGUUUAAGAAUACUGUCAUCUAUGGGUCUGUUUUCUCUCUUCCUUCUCAAGUGGAAGUAGGAAGUUGUAGCUUCAAAGUAUCAACCCAGCAAAUUCUUGUUGAGAGAAGGAAUUAUUAAUUUCCUCGAAAAUCAUUUUCUAGGUCUUCAAGUCACUUACGAUAUUACUUAAACUUUCUAUCUCAUUUUCAACAAAAUAACCAUUUGAAUCCUUUAUUAUUUUUCAGUGUAUUUGUAUUCUGUAUUUCUUAGUGACUCAAUACAACUCUUUAUACAUCACUUAUCUAAAGUUUUUUUUGUGAAAGUAAUGAGAUUAAUUGGAUUAAUAGGAAAUCAGUAACACUACAUUUUGCAGUAAUGUGCACGCAGAGGCUUUUCCUGAUUAAAAUUGUUUAGAGAGAGUAAGCGAAAUAAAUAAGAUAUCAUAUAUGAUAGUUUCUUGUGUCCCAACCAAUUCCAAGCUACCAAAGCAGACGUUUUGAAACCCAUAAUUAUGGUAGUAUUGCAUUUACAAGUGCCUUGGCAAAAACUUGUAAUUAUUUUCGAAGUUUUAACAGUUUAUGUGAAUGUACAGUUAAAAUUAUUCAAUAUUUAAAUUUAAUUUAGGUUGUAAUUAGUUAAUGAUGUAAUAUAAUUCAUGUAAAUUUCAAAUUAUUGUAAUCUAACCAAUGUAAUUAGAUAAUUAUACUUAAUGAUUAACGGAAUACAUGGACUGAUUAAAAUAAAAACAAGAGGUAGAAAAUAUGUUUUUGCCUAGCAGGUUACUACUUCAGACUUAUACUGAAUCAAAUAUUAGUAUUUUUGUGUGGGGGUUUUUUUUUUGGAUUCAUGUCACUUUCAGUAUAAGCUUGAAAAAGGCAAAUUAAACUAUAAUAAUUAAUUAAGAACAAAAUAUUAGUAAUUACUUUUAACUUUAUAAAUUGUUGUACUAAACUUUUAUUGUUUCACCAAUGACACCUUUUUCAGUGUCACAAUUAUUUGUUUUAUUAUUGACAUUAUAAAUGCAAUAUUCUUUUAGUUAAAACAACCAAUCACAAUAGUGCCUUAGUUUAUAUAGAGUAAUUCUUUCAAAGUUUAUUAAUUUACGCUAAAUUAGGAAUUGUUGCAACUUUUUAUGAAAUAUAAUUCAAUUUAGGGUAAAUACUAAGGAUAUAAAAACAUAACUUAUUCCUUUGGAACAGAAAAUGGAUAAGUGAAUUUACAAUCUGCUCUUAUAAAAAUCCGCUUGUAGUAUGGUGUCCCACAGAGAUCAGAGUUCAGUCCAGUUUUGUUUAUAAUGUUUGUCAAUGAUGCUGGUCAUGGCUACAACUAUGAAACUUUGUAUAUUGCACUGAUGACUCUCUGUUGAGAUUUAGUUUUAAAACUUUAUUAGGGUCAAAAACAUUAAAAGAAUAGUUAUUAAUUAAAUCAAAGAAAAAUUUUAAUAAACUGAUGUGAUAAUAAAACUGCAAUUGUACAACAAAAUAUUGGAUAUUUUACUGUAAUUUUCAGUUUAAUAUUUUUUAUAUCAGAUUGUGUGUGCAAUUGUUUCAUAACAGAUGCAAUUUGAGAUGCGCACAUUUUUUUAUUUCGUGUCAUUUGUCCACUAUUUUAUUGUGAUUUUUGGUGCUAAUUCUGUAUCUAUGUAAAUAAUUUAGUUGCUACUCAGUGAUAAUGUUUAUUGUUACUAGCUGUUAAUUUUAUAGUAUUAAUAGUAGUAGUGCCUUCAUUUGAGAUUUCUUCAGUUUGGCAACUAAUUUACUAUGUCUUAUUUCAUCAUAACUAAUUUGCAACUUUUUAUUAUACACGUAUAUUGCGCACAUGAAAUAUUUGGUCUAUAACAAAUGAUUGACUUUAUAUUUCAAACUAUCAGUAAUUAGAUCACAAAGAUUUAAUAACAGAAAAUUGACGACUGUGUUCUCAACACAGUGAAUUUCGAAUCAUGAAUAAAAUUCCAUACACUUUGUAACUUAUUCUAUACUGCCAAGUCAAUAAAACAAAUUUCAAUUUUUCAAAUUGUUUUUUUCUUAGCUUCUGAGGUACAGAUUUUUUAAGUUAGGUACUAUGUGGUGUGUAGCAACGAAAUUAACAUGCAGUAUUGCUAAAUUGCAUUUUGAAUGCAUAUAAAAAAACAAUUGACGUAAGAUUGGACCUUACCCUGUAUGCCAAACUUUACAAGCUGUCUUCACGAAAAUUUGUUAGUAAGUAACACAACUGACUUUAUGUUUUACUGCAUUUCAAGUACAUAUGAUAUAAACUAAUUCAGAACAUUUCAUGAUUAAUACAGAAUGUUUUACACUGUUAAAGGCUUUGGGUAAAUCCACACUGUAGAUUAUAAUAUAAUGGGAAAUCUGAUUAUUCCAUUUGUCCCCAAGAUGUGGCAAACUAAUAAAAGUAGAUAAUACCCAUAACUGGAAUCAAAAUGCUCUUGCCCGUGAAAAACUCAAAUUAAAUAUCUAUGAAAAACCUUUGUAUACUAGAAUUAAAUUUUAUAAUUAUCUAAUCAAAUUGCAAUCACUAUAAUAAUUUGAACAUAGUAUAACAAUAUUUUAUUAAAGAAGAAAUUGUGGUCUUUUGAUGAUUUCUUUAUUUUGGGUUAAGAAUAAAUGUUUCAACUUAAUUAGUUUAUUAAUGUUGUAUUAAUUUUGAUGGAAAUAAAUGUAGUUUGCUGUUAGUUUAUGAACUUGAUGCUAUUCAUUUGUACAGCUUUUAUACUGUAUUUUUAUUGAACAAUUUAAAUGAAUCUAAGUAUUAAUCAUUUUGUAAUAAUUCUGACAAUAAGACAUAUUAUUUCCAAUUUUAUACUAAACCCUAAAAAUGCUGCCCAUUUUUAUAUUAAUCCAAUUACUUAUUGGUGUUACUUAUGAACUGGCAUAGGGAAACGUUUGUUAAUAAAAUUAUUCAAAAUUAAAAUAGAAUUUAAGUUUAAAGUAAUCAAGUGUAUCUAAUUAAUCUUUCCUGUAGAUUCAUCUGUGGGAAAACUGGCGUCUCGGGAGGUGCAUUCGUCAACAAUUUGAUAGCAGCAAGUCUGCACACCCUCAGUGCACAUUCCUGACUGACGACCUUGUCUUGAGAAUCUACGGGAAUAGUGUGGGAGUCUGGGAUGUUUACAAAGAUCCCAGCGACUUGUGUGAGCCGAUGUGUUUGUUUCCGCAGUGGGAUGUGGAUUUGUGCCAAAUGUUCGGCAAGGAUAAAGUCGUGGUUGUCCAAAACAUUGCAGUUCUUGUAUUUAGUUAUGAAGUUCACUCGACAAAGUGGCCUUUAGAUUUUGUAUUUAUCUUCAAUGAACCUGAAAAAAGGCCAGAAAAAUAUGUAGAGGAUAUGGCAAUGCCAGUGUUGAAGGAAGACGAGAGUUAUUCCAUAAGAUUUGCCGUAGUCGGGAAUGUUUUUGUCGGUUGUCAAAAAAAUGGACAGAUUAUGCACGUUUGGAAUUUGGAAACGGGACUUAAGUUGAAGGAGGAAAUACUGCCAACCAAUGUCAAUUGUAGUAUUAAGGAAUUGUACCAUUCCAAAACAUCACAGGACAUUCUAGUUGAUGCUUGUGAGGAAAAUGGAUUCUUUUACAAUUUUCAUGUGUACAACCUAAAUCGAUUAGAGUUCCUUCCGUUCAGAUCAAGGCACAAGUUAUAUGGUAUUAUAUCAAAAAAAUGUUGUAUACAUGGUCAUUACAUCGCGAUCAGGCUCAACUUUAACUUGUACAUUUAUAACUAUAAAACGUGUGAGUUAAUCAAAACUUUUAAAAAAGUGGUUGCUGAUCCUCAAGUUUUGAAUGACUUGUUUGUCUUCAUUGAAAGUCCAAAUUUGAUAGAUUUUCGCUCAUUCAAUAUGCUAUUUGCUUGCGAUCCCUCAGCUCCUGAUAAAGAUCUGUUCCUUACCCGGCUGAACACGCAGAGAUUCUCUGUUAUCGGAGGGAAAUAUUAUAUCUAUGACAAUAGGGAAACUGUGUCUAGUGGAGACUCGGACGCCUGGUUUCCUGGUUGGAUAGAUUGGAUAUCCAAUCCAAGAGAUGGAAAAUCAAUACUCCCAUACUUUGAGAGGAAAGUUUGGUAUAUUCAUAAAAAGCAAGGACCGGUUAAAACUAAGUCUAGGGUGUUUUGGUAUCGUGAAACGGCUAAUGUAGUAGCCAAUAAAAGCUGUACCAGAGUCAUAUCGUCGAAUUUAACAGGCCAUUUGUCUGGCAAGGAGCAAUUUUGGCUUCACACAUUAUGGUAGAUGUUUAAGAUAAGCACAGCUGUAUAAAAUAUUUGAAAUUGAGCUUAUAUUGGCUUUCUUGAUUCGGUCACUAAAUUCAUAUGAGGAAUGCCUUUCCAAAGCAAGGCUAUCAUAUUCAGACAGAUCACAUAAGUAAGAGGUAAAGAACUCCUAAGCUCAUGAAUGAAAAAAAACAAAACUGUGAAAACAUUAAAAAAACAAAUGAUUUCCGUACUAUAAAAACUUAGUUUUUAUUCCCAUAUAAUUUACUUGAUGUUAUUUACUCUAUUGUUUGUUAUAUUAAGUACACAAUUCAGGGUUACUGUUGAAUAGUUAGCCUAGUAUAAAAUACAAACUCUUUACUACUUUAUUUUCUCAUAGAAGCUCACGAAAAUUCUUGCACGAUCAUGUGUGAUCUUGGGCAGACUGAGACACUAGUGUGUCAUGUUUUCUAAAGACGGUGAAUGAAAGCCAACUGCUUUUUCCACCCCUCCCCCCUCAAAAAUGGAAGAGGCCUCUUUACAGAUUUAUAACAUUGUAAUUUACAAUUCUCUUAGCAUUGACGGUAUAUAUAGGGUUUUCAAAUGAAAUAUUAAAUACUGUAAUUUUGAAUCUAUUUUUCAACCAUCUUAUAAUUAUUGCUCUUAACCUUUGUAUCCAUGACUUUUAUUCAUGCAUAGACUCGGUAAGGAUGAAUUACAUAUGCUCUGGAAAUAAUAACCCACCAAGAUUUCAUGAAACUCUAAUUAAGAAAAUGAAAUUACUUGGGAAGAUCAACAUUUGAUGAUGAGAACUUUAUAUAAGUUUAUAAAAUGAUUAUACAGCUACAGUUCAUAGUGCUUUGCAUGUCGGAAUUUUUGGCAAGUUACAACAUCCCUGUCAUGUACAAUCAAUCCUACCAAUCAUAUUUAAUCUUAAAUAAACAAUUUUGAAGUCUGUAUCAGCAGUACUGUAAUAACUGCAAAGGCAACGGAAAGUGUAAACAUCCUAACCCAAAUUCGUCAAGCAGAAAAUUUACAUGUCACAGAGUAGCGACAAUGUUAACAAUGUAGAUAUUAAUUCAGUUUUCUUCUUGCUCAGUCCAAUAUUUUCGAGGAUAAAGUCAUACUUGUGAAAAAGUAAAAUGGACUACCAGACCUUUUCUUCAUGACGGUGGCUCAUAAAUACCCACCUUAUGGGUCUGUUUGCUCUCUUCCUUCUCAAGUGGAAGUAGGAAGUGGUAGCUUCAAAGUAUCAACCCGGAAAAUUCUUGUUAAGAGAAGGAAUUAUUAAUUUCCUCGAAAAUAAUUUUCUAGGUCUUGAAGUCACUUACGAUAUUACUUAAACAUUCCAUCUAAUUUUCAACAAAAUAAUCCUUUGUUAUAUUAUUAAAAAAAGACAUUUUGAAACCCAAGAAGCAUGGUUAUAAUAGUAUUGCAUUUGAAAGUGCCUUGACAAAAUGUGUUACUAUUUUUGAUGUUUAACAGUUUAUGUUAAUAUACAGUUUAAAUUAUUCAAUAUUUAAAUUUAAUUUAGGUUGUAAGUUGUUAAUGAUGUAAUAUAAUUCAAGUAAUUUGUAAAUUACUGUAAUCUAACCAAUGUAAAGAGAUAAUUAAUCUUAAUGAUUAACAGAUUACAGGGACUGACUAAGACGAAAACAAGAGUCAGGAAAUAUUUUUUUUGUUCGAGUUAUUACAGACUUACAUUGAAUAAAAUAUUAAUAUUUUGUGGAUUCAUAUCACUUUCAAGGCAAAGGGCAAAGUAAACGAUAAUAACUAAGACAAAAUAUUAAUGAUAUUUACCUUUAUAAAUUGUUGUACCGUACUACACUUUUAUUGUUUCUCCAAAGAUUCCUUUUUCUGAGUCACAAUUAUUUUUGAUUGCAAUUGAAAUAAUACAUACAAUGUUCUUUUAGCUAGAAAAAGCAAUUAUAGUAGUACCUUAGGCUUAGAGUAAUUCUUUCAAAGUUUAUUAAUUUACACUAAGUUAAUGUUUAUAUAAAACUUUAUUUUUUAUAAAAUGUAAUUCUAAAUGUAGUGUUAACAUUAAGGAUAGAAAAACUUGACUCAUUCCUUUGGAACAGAAAAUGGAUAAAAAAUUAAAAUGGGUAAAUUUAAAUGGGUUUUUUAAUGAGUAAAAAAUUUGUUCUCAUAAAAAACCGGUGUCCCACAGAGAUCAGGGUUCAGCCCAGUUUUGUUUAUAAAUUUUGUCAAUGAUGCUGUUUGUGGCUACAACUAUUAAACUUUCUAUAGUACACUGAUGUAACUCUUAACUUUAAACAUUUAUUAAGUACUCAAACAUUAAAUGAACAGUUAAUAAUUAAAUCAAAGUAAUAUUAAAAAAAAACUACUAUUGAAUAUUGGAUAAUUUAUUGUAAUUUUCAGUUUCAUAUUAUUUGUUAUCAGAUUGUAUGUACAAAUGUUUCAUAACAGAUACAAUUUGAGACGCACAAAUGUUUUGCUUUUAUUUCGUGUCAUUCCUGCAUUCUUUUAUUGCGAUUUUUGGUGCUAGUUCUGAAUCUAUGUAAAUAAUUUAGUUACUACCCAGUGAAUUUUUAUUGUUGCUAGCUCUUAAUUUUAUAAUUAUAAUAGUAGUAGUGCCUUAAUUAGAGAUUUCUUUAGUUUUGCAACUAAUUUACUAGGUCUUAUUACAUCAUAACUAAUUUGCAUCAUGUUUUUAUGAGUAUUUUACACACAAGAAAUAUUUGUUCUAAAACAAAUUAUUGACUUUAAAUUUCAAACUGUCAAUAAUUAGAUCCCAAAAAUUUAAUAACAGGAAAUUGACAGCUGUGUUCAAAUCGCACAAAGUACAAAAACAAUUUUACAUUUUUCUUAAGACAUGUUUUGAUAGUUGAAAAAAGGUCAACAUUCAUUGAGUAUUUUUAACAUUUCUAAUUAAUUUUGGAGCUAGCUUCUCAUUGGUAGGUGUUUUUAUUGAUCAAAAUAGAUUAUUAUAUCAUAAAUCUCAAUAUAACAACUUUCUUCCAGUAAGUGAAUGUCAGGAUGGUGUUUUUUCUUGGAAUUAAGAUUAUUUUAGACAUUAUAUAAGUUUUAUUUUUAUUGCUUAUUCACUGACCAAAUAUUUUAAAUUAAAUUUCAAUCUAUGCUAUAUUGUCUCUUAACACUAUGUUGUUUGGUAUUAUGUUUUUAUGUUUUAACUAGUAAUGUUAAAAUUAAAUAUUUUUAACAAGAA